ACGCAGAUGAAAUACACAAAUAUCUGAACGAAUUGAAAUGAGUCUUGGUUGAGGAAGACCAAGAAAGACUCCCCAAAGAGCAGCUGGACAGGAGGAGGUUUCUGAAUAAGUUUCCUCGGGUGAAACAGCAGCUGGAGGAGUUCAUAGGCAAGUUCCAUGAGCUCGCAGACAAGGCUGAGAAGGUCCAUAAGGGAUGCACCAUCUCCAACGUGAUGGCCCACAGCACCGGUGCUGUGUCCGGUAUUCUGACCAUCGUUGGCCUGGCUCUGGCACCCGUGACAAUGGGGGCCAGUGUGGUGCCCUUGGCCACUGGGAUAGGGCUGGGAGCAGCAGCUGGUGUGACCAGUGUGUCCACCAGUAUCAUCGAACGUGUGAAGAGGUCAUCAGCAGAAACCGAAGCCAGUCGCAUGAUGUCAACUCUCAUCAAGAGAUGGAAGGUUCUCCUAGAGGUACUCAAGAGCAUCCCCACAACAGAGAAAGUCACAAAAGCUGUACAGUGCAUUGAAAUGCACAUCCAUGCCAUGGAGACAGGCAGUGCCAACCCUGGCUCUGCGGCCAAUGCAAGCAUCUACAUGAGCCCUGGGAGAAUCUCAGGCCCAGCCAUCCAGCAUAUAGAGGCAGGUUUCAAAGCCACAGCUUUAACAAUUAGCAAAAGAGCCCAGAUUGCAGGUUUGGCCACUGCAGGGCUGUUCCUUCUGGUGGAUGUGGGCUUCCUGGUGAAGGCGUCAAUGCACUUGCACGAUGGUGCAAAGACAGAAGCAGCCGAAAGCCUGAGGCAGUGGGCAUGGGAGCUGGAGAGGAAGUUGGAGGAGCUCACCCAGAUCUAUGAGAGUCUGCAGGAGGACCUGAUUUAACCACCCCCAGAGCAGUGCGGGGUCCAGGGACAUGUGAGGGGCUAAAGUGCAGAGGUACCUUGUUCGAAGGAAAGAGAGGGAGAGCACAUUAAUGAAGCUGGGUGUUAGGUUUUCGGCAUUUCUGUGGUUGAGCAAAGCAAGGAAGGGAUGGAUGUAGGUGAAAGAUGAGGGAUAGAAGGAAGGGGCCUGGAGGCCGGAUUAAGAGAGGAGGGGGAACCAGAGAAUGAGAGGCAGGGAGAAACCACUUUUUUUCAUACUAAGAACGUUUUAUUUUGUAUUGGAGUAUAGCCGAUUAACAAUGUUGUGAUAGUUUCAGGGGAAUACCAAAGGGACUCAGCCAUUCAUAUACACGUACCCAUUCUCCCCAAAACUCCCCUCCCAUCAGAAACCACUUACUUUGGACUAAAGAUGACACUGGAAGCAGAAUAAAGGGAGAGGCAGGGGAACUAGCAAUGAGAGGCCAGGUAUACGAACGGGUUGGAAAUGGGAGAACGUCAGUUAGGAUUGUUGGGAUCCAGAAGUAGCAGGGGCUCCUCUAUAGCCGUCCACAGGCUGUGAUGUCCCAGCAAGAAGAGUCUUCCCCUGGUGUUGGUCUAUAGACCUCUCCUCCAACAUCAACUCACCUUUGGCUCUAGCUGAUUUGUCUUACUUCAGCUCAGUUCAGUUCAGUUGGUCAGUCGUGUCUGACUCUUUGC